AUAUACAUUGACUUUAUAUAGUUAUAACAAAUCCAUAACAAAUUAGUUCUAAUUUAUAAUAAUAAAUAAUAAUAAUAUUAAUAUAUGAUAAUCAUAGAGUUCAAUGAAUUUGUCAUGGUGUUAAUAUUGAUCAAUGACUACAGGAAAUCAGAAAAUCAACGAAGUGCGAAAGAUUAAAAUUUUUAAACAUAACUUUCUAAAUUGCUAAAAAUAUUUAAUGUUUGGCAUUUGCUUAAGCUGUUUUUUGUAACAAUGUUAUGUAUAGAAUGUUAAUCAGAAUUUAUUAUUGAAUGCGCAUAUAUAUAUAUAUAUGUAUAUAUAUAAAUCAUAAUGAACAACAACAAAGUAUUAGAAUCAGUACGAAAAAUUUUGAAUUUUUCAAUCAAACGUAAAGGAUAUGAUAGCAUUUUAGAUAAGGUGAAUAUAAUAUCAGCUGGAAAUGGCCAAUGUAUUGCUGAGAUGGUUGUUGAAAAACAACAUACUAAUUCAUAUGGUACACUUCAUGGAGGUUUUACAGCUACCGCUGUAGAUGUUUUGUCUAGUAUGGCUAUAUUGACUCAUCCACGAGUUGUUGAAGACAUUGAUUCGGCACCUAACAGUGGUGUUUCAGUUGAUAUUCAUAUUUCGUAUUUAAAUUCAGCAAAAAUUGGUGACCGAGUAGUUAUUGAUUCUGAAACUGUUAAGCUUGGAAGAACUUUAGCAUUUUUAAAAGUGACAUUGUUUAGGAAAGAUGAUAAUGUUAUCUUAGCUCAAGGUUCACAUACUAAGUUUGUAGGAUGAUAUUAAAUAUUUGGUACAUUAUGUAAAACUAAAUGUUAUUGUUGUUAUUUAUUAAUAAUAUCAAAAAAAAUAUUUAUUUUAAUUUCACUCAUAGUCAAAAAUCAAAAUUGUUUCUUUGUUAUACUUACUUUUUAGUUUUUGUUUCGUUUAUUAUUAGAUACUAAUAAGAUAGUUUUUACCAUUUACAUUUUUUGCAUUAAAUCUUUUCUGGUAUUUUUAAUUAACUAUAUAAAUGUGUUAUUUUUUUAAGAAGUAUAAAGAUGCUUUAUUUUAUUUGCAAAUUUUAAGUUGGGAACAGGCGCGGUUCUAGGACUACAUUUUCGUAUGGGCAACAGUAGGUUGAUAAUUAGGUUUUAACUGCAAAUAAUAUUCCUCAUUUCUUCCCCCCUCUCCACAAAUUUUUUUUAAUAAAAUAUUUAUGCUUAUAGCUUUCACUAAUACCUUAUAUAUUAGCAGUAGGUACAUGGUAGGUAGCUUAAAAUCUUUAUAAUAAUAAUAAUAGGUAGGUUAUAAAUAUUUUAAAUCUAAAAAAUAGAGUAAUCCUUAGUUUUUAAGUAACUAAGUAUAAUUCUAUUUAAAUUUAACUGACAAAAAAAUAAUUUAGACUAAUUUUUAAAAAAAAUAGUAAAAACUAAAUUUUAAAUUGGAGUUUUCUGUUUUUCAUAUUUAUAAAUACUUCAAGGACAGCAGUUGGAUCUCUUAAUAAUUUGUCUGAGUUUUCUGUAUCAAUUGAUAAUAUUGUAAGGCUGCUUAAUCUUGAACUCUUCAUUGUAGAUAUUAAAUAUGUAUCAGUGCAUGGUAGAAAAACUGUUAGGUUAGGUCAAAUAAUAAAACAUCUUAUUUUUGUAUAAUAAAAAUUACAUUUUUAAAAUAAACGGCAUCAGACAAUUUGGUAUGGGCAGCUGCCCACCUUGCCCAUACGUUAGAACCGCCACUGGUUGGAAAAUUUUGGAUUUUUAAAAAUAUGCAACCAAAACAAAGUAGUAUAAUUUUAUAAAAAAAUGUUUAUAACUUCUUAAUAAAAUACUGUUUAGUUUUGAAUUAUUUAAAUGUGUUUACCAACAUAUAGUACAGCAGUCAGUAAUUGGUUCAUAUUUUUUUAGGUUUAAAACUAAGAAAAUUCUAUACAAUCUGUGUUUAUUACAUAAAAAUAUGUUAAGUGAUAGAUCACAAUUAUCUUAAAAUCAUGUAGCUUAGUACUAGCUUUCAUUAUUCCUUUGUUCUGCAUAAAAUAUAAAAAUUGGUUUCAUAAUUAAUUACCUUAUAACUUCUGCAGACAAAUUAUUUAAUUAGGUCCUUAUUUUUAAAAUUUAUAAGUUACUAAGAUUCUUUCUUAAUUGUUUGAUUUAACAAUAAUUAUUACAGGUUUAUAAUGUAUAUUGUAUACAUUAAUCAUAAGUUAACAUAGUCUGUGUAUUUGAAUGAUAUCAAUAUGUCUCCAUAUUUUUUUUAAUAAUUUAUUUAGUAAUUGAAAGUCUAAAAUAAUAAAGGUAAAAAGUUUAAUUUUUUAAAAUAUCUACAGUUGAUAUACACAUUUAAGAGGAUGCCAGCGUAGUAUUUGUUAUCUCUCUCUAACUCACGCGCAACAUAGCAAAUUUUACGUUCACAAAAAUGACUCUAACCAUAUUAAUUUCUCAAUAUACAGUGAAAUGACUUAUAAAAAAUUUUAAGUUAAGAACAUUAACUAGGGCAUUUCAUAAGUGUUUUAUUAUAUUUUUUAUUUUAAAGCAAGUUAUGAGUAUUUUAAAAUUGUAAAUUGUUUAUACAUCUUAAAAAACUCAUAACUCGCUUUAAAAUAAAAAUAUAAUAAAAUGCUUAUAAGAUGCCUUAGAUAAUGUUCUUAACUUUAAAUUUUGUAAUAGGUCAUUUCACUCUAAUUUGAGAAAUUAAUAUGGUUAUAGUCAUUUUUGUGAACGUACAAUUUUCUAUGUUGCGCGUGGGUUAGAGAGAGAUAACAAAUAUUACGCUGACAUCCUCUUAACAUUCAAAUGUUAAUAUAAAUCGUAGCAUUUAAAAAAUAAUUUAAAGCGAAGCUUGGCUUUGCAAUAAAUUGUUGUUUAUCAAAGUUAAGUUAUAACUUAUAACUUGUUUGUUUACAUAUUUUCUAUACAAUGUUAUAUGAUUUUUCAAACUAUUUGGAAAAUGAAAUAAUGUUUAAUUUCCAUAAAAUUUUUCAUGUGUAACUAAAGUACCUAUAACUACAUAAAACCUUUUUUUAGCAUUUUUAAAACCUCAAUGACAGACAUAAAAUAUUAUAUAAAUAUAAGUAGAUAUAUGUAGCAUUUAUGAAUAAUACAGUUAUAGUUAUAUAAACAAAGCCAAGUAAAACCAAUUUUUAUUUAUUAGCACUACCGUACAAAAUACAAAUAGUAUAUAAUGCCUAUCCGGAGCAGUUAAAGGCGUAUAGUUAAUGUAAAGAAAUAGUUUUAUUUCUAUAAAUAUUAAAUAGCAUAAUCUUUAUUCUUUACUAUGCGCUGUCUAUUUGUUGGUAGGAACUCACUUAUUUUUUAGGUAUUGUAAAUUAAUAAUAAAAAAAAUAAUAAUAAUUGAUGAGUGUGGACCAAUUCAGAAGAAUAUGUUUUUUUUUGUGUUUUUAAAUGAAACACGAAAUGUUAUAAUUUGUAUAGAUAGGCAUUAUAUAAAUGCAUGAUUUCAUGAAUUCUUUAUGUUAGGAAAUUCUACUUUUAUUUAAUAUAUAAUAAUAUUUUAAUAUGUUAUAUGAUUUUAGAAUGUAUUGAUUUUACAAUGAUGUGUGUUUUUAUUAUUAUUUUUGUGUCUGUCAUCACUUUUUGGAGUAGUAAUAAUGCUUCGAUUUUUGACUUCAGCCCCUCUUUGAAAAGGAAAAUUCAUCUAGUUGGUACUUUGGGGGGCCAAAAGUAAAAAAUUUCCAAUAGUUUUCAAAAGUGUCGGGAAAACCCUGAAAAAAUUACGGAAAUACGGGAAUUUUUACGCAUAACCACUUUUUGACAAAAUCGAUUUUUGAUUUUGCUGUAACUCAACAACGAAUUAUUGUAAAUACUUGAAAUUUUCACCAAAUGUUUAUAUUAACGUUAUCUAUUUCCGAUUAAAUUUUCAAAAUAAUUAGAAUUUUUUUAAGCUAGUUAUAGAUAAUUGAAUUUUUUGAAUUUUUUAAGUUUUUUUUCUUAAAAUGCCGAUAAAAAAAAUUUGGCUAUCCAAAAAAUCUAUAAAAUUUAAUACAAGGUUCAUUAUAAGUUUAACUAAUCGUAGUAAAAAAAAAUCAAAAAUCGUUAAUCACAAUUUUUGUUUAUAAGCAUUUAAAGUUCAGAUAUUUACGAAAUAUAUCAAAAUCGCGAAAAUUUGCAAGGAAUUUUGACGUUGAAAAUUCAUAAAAUGUUUGAGAUUUAUACUUAAGGUUCAAAAAUCCAAUACAAGGUUAUCCAUAAGUUUUCCUUUAAGUAAUUGUAAAAAAAAAUUCCAGCGUCAAUAUAGAAAACAUUUUAUGAGCGUAUGAAAUUAAAUUUUUUACGAAAUCUCGUAAAAUAACGAUAUAUUACAAUUUAAAUAUAGGUGUAAUAAUAUAAUAUGUCCAACUAAUUAUCAUUAACUGACAAAUCAUCUCCGUUCAGAAUCGUUUUUCGUAUACAAUGCUACCCGCCAUUGCAUUCAAAUUUAACACAUCCAUAGUGACCAGUGACCUACUCUCCAUCUCUACUGACUACUUUACAGCAGAGCGAUACUCACUUGCCCACUUUUUUUUUUAAAUAUGACUUACAGUUUUGAUAAAAAUGUUACUUUUAAUGUGAAGAAAAUUCAAAAUUUUUACGCUUGUAAAAAUAACUGUUUUUGUAUUUCCGAUUUUAAAAUUGAUAUAAAACAAUUUAUAUGGGUUCUUAAAUUAAAUUUCAAUACUUUGAAUAUUUCAAAAAUUUCGUGCAUUUGAACAUUUUAAAUAUAAAUAGAUACAUUAACAUUUUAAAUAUGUCAUUGAAUAAUGAAAGCAACUGAUAAUUUAAUUAGAAAUAGAAUAUUUCAAGUUUCCAUGUUUCAUAUUUUUUUUAAAUUUCAUAAAAAUAACUAAGAAGUCUUCAUUUUUCCUACACAUUUUCAAAUAAACCAAAAUUAUUUUAGAGCUCUUAAAAAUAUAAUGUGGCUUUAAGCUAAACUUUUUUUUAAAUUAAAUAUGUAAAAUUUAUUAGAAAGUUGUUUUACACAUUACGCUUGGUAGUGAUUGGUGAACCUUAACUAAAUGUCAACCUUUUUGAACUAAAUAUAAAAAAAUUGUUAACAUAAAUCGAAAAAGUUCAAAAAUUUCAAAUGUCUAUAUAAAUCAUAAAAAAACUAAAAUAUUUUGAAAAUUAUUGUGUAACUAGAAAAUACUUUUUAUAAAUAUUUAGUAAAAAGUUCGAAACUACAUGUUAAUUCAUUUUUUGUAUAAUAAAAAAAAAACAAUUUUGAUCGAAAACGAGUGUUUCGUAAAUAUUAUUAUAUAUUUAAACCUAUUCCCAUUUAUCGUAAUUUUAUAUUUAUUCUCAGUUAAAGGAAAUUAAUUUAAAAAAAAAAAAUCAUUGUAAAAACAUUGCAAUCAUUAUUCACCCGAGAAUUUAAAACAAAGUCUUACUUGUAUAAUUAUUUUAUUACUAUUUCUUAAGAGGACGUCAUACUCGCAUGUGUUGUCUGUCUUACUAACGUACAUCAUAACAAAUUUUCGUUCAGCAGAAUACAUUUUGUGAUAUUAGCUUUAAUAUUAGAGUAAAUUUACUUAUUAUCAAACUUAAAGGUAAUAAUGUUAUCUGGGGCAUCUCAGACUUUUAUUGGUAUUUAAUUUUUAAGCGAGUUACGAGCAUUUUAAAGUUUUAAUAUUUUAUAUAACCAUAACUCACUUAAAAAUUAAGAUAUCAAUAAAAGCCUAUGAGAUGCCCUAGAUAAUAUUUUUACCUUUAAAUUUGGUAAUAGGUAAAUUUACUCUAAUAUUAAAGCUUACAUCAUAAAAUGUGUUCUGCUGAACGAAAAUUUGUUAUGAUGUACGUUAGUAUAACAGACAACACAUGCGGGUAUGGCGUACUCUUAAUUCGCAUUUUCUAUCGGUAUCUCACUAUCUGAAUAAAUAUUUUUGAAGAGUUUUGAAUGUUUUUAGACUUCCAAACAUCCAUGCAUUUUAGUAACUCAACAUUUGAAUUGAAUUGCUUGUGGAUAGGUACUAUACCUAUAAUAUAUACCUACUAUUUACUAAAUCACGUUAAUUUUCCCAUUUUGUUGUUGUUCAGUUGUUGUCAAUAUCAUCUAUUGAAUGUAAGUAUAGUUGCUUAAGAUUUGUUAUGUAUAAUGUAUGUAUUAUAUUAUUGUCUCAACUCUCUACUCUCAAGUUUUGUAAUUAUUGCCAUCUAUAAGAAUUAAUGUAAUAUUCAAUGCGUUUAGUGGGUAGGUACCUACCCACAGAUAUCAAUAUAACAAUAUUUAUUAAUAUUUAUUACACAUUCAUUAGUCAUAAUUAAUUAAUAUUGUCUAAUGUAUAUUUGUAAAUAAUAUGCAAAUGAGACCGUGUUUGUUUGAUUAUAUAUAUAAUUAAUAAUAAUAUUUUGUCGUAUA